AUGACACUGUUGACUUUGGCCCAGAAACGUUAUCUUCAAGAAUAUCAAACUAGUGAAAUGUUUAUGACCGCUCAUCGUUCUGUAAAAACUGGUCUGGUGGCAUCCGCCGUGGUCUCUUCAUGGACUUGGGCCGCUACGUUACUUCAAUCUUCCACCGUUGCAUACGAAUAUGGUGUUUCCGGACCAUUCUGGUAUGCAUCCGGAGCUACCAUUCAGGUUUUACUUUUCGCUAUUCUUGCCAUAGAACUCAAGCGAAAAGCUCCAAACGCGCAUACCUUCCUCGAGAUCGUGAAUGCUCGUUAUGGAACGGACGCCCAUAUCGUAUUUUUGGUUUUUGCUUUGGCAACAAAUAGGAUCAAAGCAACCUUCUUGACGGACUACGUACACACCACCGUUAUUUUUGUAAUCAUUCUUUCCUUCUUAUUCACCGUCUACUGCACAUCCCCCGAAAUUGGUUCCCCCGAUAAAAUGUACGAGUUGUUACACAAAGCUUCCCAAACGCUAGCAACGAACAAUACGAAUUUAUCAGAUAAUGCACAAAGCUCAUACCUCACAAUGGACUCUUUACAAGGAUUGAUUUUUGGAAUUAUCAACAUUGUUGGUAAUUUUGGCACUGUAUUUGUUGACAACGCAUACUGGCAAAGAGCUAUCGCCGCUCGUCCUUCAUCAACCGUCAAGGCGUAUUUAAUUGGCGGUCUAUCAUGGUUUGCCAUCCCAUUCACGCUUGCCACUACCAUGGGUCUUGCUGGUGUUGCCUUGGUCGGAGAAGGAUCUUUGGCUCCAUUAUCAAGCGAUCAAGUUUCUUCUGGUUUGGUGCUUCCAUUGGCUGCCGCUCACCUCUUGGGUAAAGCUGGUGCUUUUGCAGUCUUGGUGCUUGUUUUCAUGGCUGUCACCUCCGCUGCUUCCGCUGAGCUUAUCGCCGUCUCAUCUAUCUACACGUACGACAUUUACCGCACAUAUAUUCACUCCGGGGCCUUGGGUAGUCAAGUAAUUGUCCAUUCGCAUUAUUCCGUUAUCGGUUUCGGUCUCGGUAUGGGUGCUCUUGCGGUUAUUCUCAACUAUAUCAACAUCACACUUGGAUACAUGUACCUACUCAUGGGUAUAAUUUGUUCACCGGCCGUGUUUCCCGUGGCCUUCACGCUCACCUGGAAAAAACAAACUCGCAGCGCUGCCAUUGGCGCAUCGGUCAUCGGCGUUUGUGCCGGAAUUGUGGCUUGGCUAGUAACUGCCAAAAAACUUUAUGGUGUAAUCACAAUUGAUUCGACAGGUGCGAACUAUCCCAUGUUGGCUGGUAAUCUGACCUCGUUGAUGCUCUCACUAAUAAUCACCCUAGUGUGGUCGACAAUUGCUCCUGACAACUUUGAUUUCGAGGUGACCCGUACAAAACUACAAAUUCUUACCGACGACGAAAUUGUGGAUAAUGCGACCUACCAGGACCCGAUUGAGACAGAUCCUGUUCGUCUACGCAAGGCGUUCGAAUUCGCUGUCACGUGUAGUAUUGCCUUGACGAUUAUAUUGGUUUUGAUAUGGCCGCUACCAAUGUAUUUUACGCACUACGUAUUCUCCCCAAAAUUCUUCAAAUUCUGGGUGGCCUUAUCCUUUAUCUGGGCCCUUUGCAGCACCACGGCCGUGGCCAUAUAUCCGCUUUACGAAUCAAGAAAUAGCAUCCUCAGCGUGUUCGAAGGAAUUGUUUCGGAUAUUAAAGGAGAACCUAUUAAACCAAAAACCGAUGCAAAUCAUUCCGAGGAUAAAGCGGAUUACACCGUUGAAAAUAAGGCUUAA